AUGUUCCUCUGCACGUUCCUCUGCAGGUUCCUCUGCAGGUCCCUCUGCACAUUCAUCUGUUCCUCUGCAGGUUCCUCUGCACGUUCCUCUACACGUUCCACUGUGCGUUCCUCUGCACGUUCCUCUGCAGGUUCCUCUGCACGUUCCUCUGAACGUUCCUCUGCACGUUCCUCUGCAGGUUCCUCUGCAGGUUCCUCUGCAUGUUCCUCUGCACGUUCCUCUGCAGGUUCCUCUGCACGUUCCUCUGCACGUUCCUCUGCACGUUCCUCUGCACGUUCCUCUGCACAUUCCUCUGCAAGUUCCUCUGCACAUUCCUCUGCAGGUUCCUCUGCACAUUCCUCUGCACGUUCCUCUGCAUGUUCCUCUGCUCGUUUCUCUGCAGGUUCCUCUGCACGUUCCUCUGCACGUUCCUCUUUUCCUCUGCAUGUUCCUCUGCACGUUCCUCUGCAGGUUCCUCUGCACGUUCCUCUGCAUGUUCCUCUGCACGUUCCUCUGCAGGUUCCUCUGCAGGUUCCUCUGCACAUUCCUCUGUAUGUUCCUCUGUACGAUCCUCUGCACAUUCCUCUGCACGUUCCUCUGCAGGUUCCUCUGCAGGUUCCUCUGCACGUUCCUCCACACGUUCCACUGUGCGUUCCUCUGCACGUUCCUCUGCAGGUUCCUCUGCACGUUCCUCUGAACGUUCCUCUGCACGUUCCUCUGCACAUUCCUCUGCACGUUCCUCUGCACGUUCCUCUGCACGUUCCUCUGCACAUUCCUCUGCAAGUUCCUCUGCACAUUCCUCUGCAGGUUCCUCUGCACGUUCCUCUGCAUGUUCCUCUGCACGUUCCUCUGCUCGUUUCUCUGCAGGUUCCUCUGCACGUUCCUCUGCAUGUUCCUCUGCACGUUCCUCUGCAGGUUCCUCUGCAGGUUCCUCUGCACAUUCCUCUGUAUGUUCCUCUGUACGAUCCUCUGCACAUUCCUCUGCACGUUCCUCUGCAGGUUCCUCUGCAUGUUCCUCUGCAUGUUCCUCUGCAGGUUCCUCUGCACGUUCCUCUUCAUGUUCCUCUGCACAUUCCUCUGCAUGUUCCUCUGCACGUUCCUCUGCACGUUCCUCUGCACAUUCCUCUGCACGUUCCUCUGCAGGUUCCUCUGCAGGUUCCUCUGCAUGUUCCUCUGCACGUUCGUCUGCAGGUUCCUCUGCACGUUCCUCUGCAGGUUCCUCUGCAGGUUCCUCUGCACAUUCCUCUGUAUGUUCCUCUGUACGAUCCUCUGCACAUUCCUCUGCACGUUCCUCUUCAGGUUCCUCUGCAUGUUCCUCUGCAUGUUCCUCUGCAGGUUCCUCUGCACGUUCCUCUUCAUGUUCCUCUGCACAUUCCUCUGCAUGUUCCUCUGCACGUUCCUCUGCACGUUCCUCUGCACAUUCCUCUGCACGUUCCUCUGCAGGUUUCUCUGCACGGUCCUCUGCACGUUCCUCUGCAUGUUCCUCUGCAAGUUCCUCUGCACGUUCCUCUGCAGGUUCCUCUGCAUGUUCCUCUGCACGUUCCUCUGCAGGUUCCUCUGCACGUUCCUCUGCAUGUUCCUCUGCACGUUCCUCUGCAGGUUCCUCUGCAGGUUCCUCUGCACAUUCCUCUGUAUGUUCCUCUGUACGAUCCUCUGCACAUUCCUCUGCACGUUCCUCUGCAGGUUCCUCUGCAGGUUCCUCUGCACGUUCCUCUACACGUUCCACUGUUCCUCUGCAGGUUCCUCUGCACAUUCCUCUGUUCCUCUGCACGUUCCUCUGAACGUUCCUCUGCACGUUCCUCUGCACGUUCCUCUGCAGGUUCCUCUGCAGGUUCCUCUGCAUGUUCCUCUGCACGUUCCUCUGCAGGUUCCUCUGCA